GAAAGCUUAAGGAAGCUGGCCCAUUGUUGAAAUGUUGGCCGAAAUCUGAUGUUUCUGGCCCAAGCCAACUUCUACAGGAAGGUGGGGCACGUCCCAGCACCUACACUGCAGUUCAUCAGCGGCCCAUGCAGUACCUCCGUUACCUCCGUACUCCGUAGUACUACGUUGUAUUACUCUUUAAAAGUUUCCUCCGCCUCUAAUAAAUAAUAAUAAUAAUAAUAAUAAGCAUCAACCCACGAUGCCGCCCCUGCCGCUAGCCUUCCCCUACCCUCUCCGGAUCGGCACCGACAUCUGCCGCGUGGCGCGCAUCGCGCACAUCCUGCGCAGCAGGCAGGGCGCGCGCUUCAUCCGGCGCGUGCUGGCUCCCGAGGAGCUGGCCCGCGCCAGACCGGCCGUCCACCAGGUCCUCCGGGUCGCCGCCGCCCAACAAGCCGGGGAGGAGGAGGAACGGGCGAAGGGUUCGGCACGGCAGGAAGACGAGGCGGACGAGGCCAAGGGCGGCGACCUAGACGCGUACGCGCGUGCGGCUACGUACAUGGCGGGACGGUGAGUUCUGUGACCUGACGGGGUGCUUGUUUUUGGGUGUCGGGGAAGGCGGAGGGAUAGAGCAUGCGCGGAGGGAGGAAGGAGUUGUGCU